AUGAGAUCAAAUCCGAAUAGGCGCAAUCCUGAUCACUGGUGUGAGUUUCACAAUGAUCAUGGUCAUAAAACGACAGAUUGUAGAUUGCUACAAGGAGAAGUAGACCAUUUAUUAAAGCAGGGAUAUCUUACUGAGUUGUUUAGCGAAAAAGGUAAACAAGCAUAUAUGAAAAACAGGCAGGAACCUCCUAAGCCUCCUUCACCAAAAAGUACCAUUAACGUUAUAAGCGGGAGAGAAAAAAUUAAUGGCGUGACGUACACGGCAACCAAGAAAGUUUCAAAAGUUUCAGUUACACACGGGAAGCGGGUCCGACAUAUUUUGGAGGAGGAGAGUAGUUCCGUGAACAUCAUUUUUGUAAGAGUAUUAAACGAGAUGCAAGCCGAAGAUAAGCUAGUACCUAAGGCACAUACGUUAUCUGGCUUUGACAAUACAAGCGUCGUGACAAAAGGGGAGGUAGUACUUACAACAUUCGCAGAGGGAGUUGUCAAAGAUACGAAAUUUCAGGUGGUGGAGAUGGAUAUGGCUUAUAAUAUGAUUCUCGGGAGACCAUGGAUUCACGAAAUGGAUGCUGUGCCAUCUACCUUACAUCAAGUCAUUAAAUUCCCAUCACCAUGGGGAAUCUGUCAAAUCCGUGGUGAUCAACAGACGCCUAGGAUCAUCAAUUCCGUAGCAGAUUCAGGCGCAAAAAACGAAGAAAAAUAG